CCCACGUCACCCCAAGCGUACAGCAACGAAUUUACCUUCCACCACCGCAAUGACAACCCCACGAGUCCACACCUACCACUGCACAGCAUGUUCGCACCUCCUCCUCGCCUCCACGCACAACUUCAAGACGCUUCCCACCCGUCGCGGGCCAGGCCUCGAUUCCGCCACCAUCGUCCCGAUGCCUCCACCACCGAAAACACCCAAGCCAGCAUCAGCCGAAGAUUCCGGCGAUGAAGACGACGAUGCAGCCGCCGAAGCCGCAGGCUACACGCUCCUCCUGGCGCUGCUGCGGCGCGAUCGUGCGCCGAAGGUGGUGACGCGCGAAGAUGGGUUCGAGAAGCGCGCUAUCUGGAGGUGUGGUAGAUGUAAAGUCAUCGUGGCUUACAUGCUUGAUGAAAGUCAGUAUAAGGGCGUGAAUGGAAAGAAACCGGCCAAGGGCAGUGAGGGUGGUUUCUUGUAUGUGUUGCCGGGGGCCCUGACGGAAAGUGGGCUGCUGGGCGAGGGGCAAGAGCUGCUCGAGCUGUUGUAGGGUGACGGAAGGUUAUGUCACUACAAUUGCUCUUAUUGAUAUUCGAUUCACGCGCUCCCAUAUGUACUUUUCUCUGAACGCUCUGUCAAUUGAGAAAGACAGGAUCUUCAUUUACUCCAAACCAAUGCACGUGUAACUAAACGGGU